AUGUUAUCCUCUUCUUCUUUUUUUCCUAGUGGUGGUGAUGACAUGGGAAGGACCAUGUCCCAGAGUCAUUCUCUCACAAGACCAUCAUCAUUUCCAUCGGAACAUGCAUCCACCAACUUUUAUGAUCAACAACUUCCACCUUCUUCUUAUUAUCAAUUACACAAUUCCUUGCAUCGUGAUCGAUCUCAAGUAUAUUCCAAUUCAUUCGGAGAAGAAUUUAAUCAAAUGAGUUAUCGAUCAUCAUAUCCACGAAGAAUAGGAUUGAAUUCAUCAACACAAAAACAUUACAAUCCACUCAUUCAUUUCUUUAAAGAUUCUUCCGAUUUGAAACAUAAAAUAUUAUUAUUCGUCUAUUUCAUAAUUGGUUUAACUAUAAUGACACUAUUUGGAAGGAAUUUUCAUCAUAAGGAAUGGAAAGUAUUUAAAAUGGUACGAGAUUUUAUUCAACAAUAUGUCAUGGGUGGUGUUUCUCAUUCGAAUCGUCAAGUGUCAAAUCCAUCGAAUGAGAAACAUUCCAAUCUCCACUCGAAACAUGUUUCAAAAACCCUUUUAUCUAAAUAUGAAGAAGAAUAUUAUGAUUUUUAUAAAUCUUAUUUAGAGAAACAAGAAAAGAAAAAGAAACAACAAGAUUCUCGAAUACUUGCAUCGAAUAUUGAAAAAUAUUGUUCACAAUUUAAGAAGAGAACUGAACAGGAUGAAUGA